GCGCUCCGAAGCCUCACAGCCCCGCGGAAGGAUACACUAUCCAUCGACUUCAGCGGAGCAUCCUCGCGCUGAGCCGCAGCUCACAGGUGGAGGUGACAUACCUGGGGAGGAGAGGAAGGUUGGCGGAGGUCAGGACCACUGAGGGAACAGAAGCAGCAGGAUGGCUUCACCCGAAAAGGACAAGACCGGCAAAGAAAUGCGGAAAAAACACAGAUGUCAGCAAUGCCAGAAGGCUUUCCACAACCUGAAGCAACUAAAGAGUCAUCAAAAAAGUCACACUGAAGAAAGACUGUACAGCUGUGAUCAGUGUGAGAAAACAUACAAAACAGUACGCACGCUAAAUGUUCAUAAGAAAACGCACAGUGGAGAAAAACCACAUAUGUGCCAGGAGUGCGGCAGUGAAUUUAUCUCAUUGAGAAACUUAUCGACUCACAUUCAACGGUAUCACACUGGAGAGAGACCGCACCAUUGUCAGCAAUGUGACAAAGGGUUUGUGACCCAAGGAGAAUUAAAGAAUCAUCAGAGGGUUCACACAGGAGAAAAGCCCUACAGCUGCAGUGAGUGCGCGAAAAGUUUUUCAUGGCCUUCGAGUCUUUUCUAUCACCAGCGCAUCCACACUGGGGUGAAACCGUUCAGCUGUGAGGAGUGUGGGAAGAGUUUCACUCGACUAUAUUAUUUAAAGCGCCACAAGAACAUCCACACAAAAGAAAUGAUUUUCUCCUGUGAGCAGUGCGGUAAAGAUUUCUCUUCAUCAUCUAACCUUAGAAGGCAUGUUGUUAUGCAUACCGGAGAGAAAUCACACAGAUGUGACCAGUGUGGGAAAACAUUCACCUUGAGGGAAGACCUGAGACGCCACACACGUAUUCACACUGGAGAAAAACCAUACAAGUGCAGACACUGCGACAAGACUUUUAGUUCACAGACUCAGCGCACAGUACAUGAACGCAUCCACACUGGAACGAGACCGUACAGCUGUGAGGAGUGUGGGAAGAGUUUCACUCAAAUAGGUACUUUAAAGGUCCACAAGAACAUCCACACAAAAGAAAUGAUUUUCACCUGUGAGGAGUGCGGUAAAGAUUUCUCUUCAUCAUCUAACCUUAGAAGGCAUGUUGUUAUGCAUACCGGAGAGAAAUCACACAGAUGUGACCAGUGUGGGAGAAGAUUCACCUUGAGGGAAGACCUGAGACGCCACACACGUAUUCACACUGGAGAAAAACCAUACAAGUGCAGACACUGCGACAAGACUUUUAGUUCACAGACUAAGCGCACAGUACAUGAACGCAUCCACACUGGAACGAGACCGUACAGCUGUGGGGAGUGUGGGAAGAGUUUCACUCAAAUAGGUACUUUAAAGGUGCACAGGAACCGCCACACAAAAGACAUGCUUUUCUCCUGCGAGCAGUGCGGGAAGGUCUUCACUUCUCGCAGUGCAUUAAAUUAUCAUAAAAGGAUCCACCGACAGAAACAGCAAUAAUGUGAACUUUGCAGAAAAAGAUUUGAAGGAAUACAAAGUCACUGCUGUACUCUCACUGAAAAUACAACCUGAAAGUGUAAAAACGCUGUAAACAAACCUUCAUUAUGCAGUUGUUAUGUCAACAUACUUCGUCUUUCCUGUUUGCUUGUUUUAAAAGAUGUUUUUGUUGUUGGGUGCUUUAUUUCAUUAAAAAACGAAUUAAUUCUAUAAAUAUCAUUAUACAUCGAUCUAUAAUUACUUAACUACAGCUUUCCAAAGUGCUGUCUUUUAUAUGUCAUACAUACGAUUGUUAAAAAUGGCAGGUUUGUUUGAACCAACAGAUUUCUUUUAAAUGAAGCAGUUUGUCUUUCUAAGAAUAUUUUAUUUGUUUAUUACUGUGAGUUUUGUUGUGACAGAAACAUCAUUUUCUUGAGGUUUUCAUUAUAUGACACUUGCUAUGUACUUUUCUUUGAAACAUGGAUGCGAGUUGUUUUAGGCACAUCGUUCAGGCCUAUAUCAUUAUUGUGUUUCUGUUGCAUCAAUAGAACUUCGUUUUGAGGCAGCUAAAGUUGCAGAUGUUGCAGACUUUGUAAAGUUACUUUGAUGUUAACAAAGUUUUACACAAACUGAUGUGUUUGUUUAAACUGUUUUUGGAGGUCCAAACAUGGCCGACCGAAGUGUUCGUUGUUGAUACAGUUACUGAAAAUGAUUUGUCAUUAGGACUCAGAGAGGACCUAACUUCUGCUGUCAGUGACGUGAAAAUACUGACUGCUGAUGUUUGUCAGGGUUUUGUUAACUUAUAGCAAUGUUGAUAAUAAUAAUAAUAAUUUUAGGAUCUUGCGUUUAAGUUUUUUCCUUAUUGGCUGCUGUCCAGUCAUUUCUAACAUGCACUGUUACAAUGCUGUUUGUUUCUUGCAUAAAUAAAAAGUAUUUAUUGAUCA